UCAAUCUUGUUUGGAAGCUUUCUGUACUUCAAAUGUCGCCUCAGGCUACAAGCUCAUCGGGAUAUGUAUCUUCCUGGGACAAUUUGCUCAGGAUGAUCUUGCAAUAACAAUCGUCCGGCUUAUCUUCCGGCUUUUUUGCAUAGCACUUCGACCAAGUAUGCAACCUCUAUGUCACCUUCUAUUCAUUCAAGCAAUGCCUGAGCGUAAUAAUUCGUUGAUCUCUUAUGAACAAAUUGCAACAGUAUUCAACCGAAAUUGAUAGGUCUUAUCGCCAUGCGAAGUUUUCUCGUAGAUCAAUCCCCUCCAACUUUUUGUCAACAACAUCCUCGCCCGCCUGGCAGCUCUACUUCGGUCAUCUUUCCUUUUCGCCUGUCAAGCGUAUCUGCAAUAAUGUUCGUGAGGGAGUUUCAAGCUGCAAAUCGGCGUAUGCAAGUCCAAGGGGUGUCCUGGACCUCAUUGCUCGGCGUUCUCAGCGCAAUAUGCUCGACUCUCGCGGCUGUAUUUUAUAUGCAUAUGCAUACAGUUGAUGCAGUACCGGGGAGAACAGCUGCUGACGACGGUCAAAAACCGCCAAUGCAUCGUGAUGGCAAGCCUCCCCUGUGGGAUGAUCGUCCUGAGACUGGUGGAAACGGCCUGACCAGAUAUCCAGCUACGGCGCAAAGACGCAGCCCACUACAGAGGCGGACAUUUGCUUUCCCAACGAAGCACUUCAGCUGGCGGCCAAAUUGAAUUACUGGCCAGCUUGGCCUCAUUGUGACUUACCCUAAAGUGAAGACUCAAAAACCACUCCAGC